GCCGCGGUUGUAGUCAUCAAUUUAGAUUUUUCCCAAAGAAUUUGUUUAUUUUAUGUCUUGAAACAAUCUAAGAAUCCUUGAAAAUGUCGGAGAGAGACUACGCGCCACUGAGCAUAGCCUGCGUCCGUGGGCUAUGUGACAAACUAUACGAUAAAAGGAAGUUCGCUGGAGUCGAAAUAGAGAAGAUGGUGAAGGACUUCAGCGACGCGAACAACACGAGCCAGAUCAAGCGGCUGGUGCGGGUGUUGGGACAAGACCUGAUGGCGUCUACUAACCCCAAUGUUAAAAAUGGGGCACUCAUGGGCCUCUCCUCCGUCGCUGUCGGCCUUGGAAAGAGCUGCAUAGUAUACCUGCCGGAGCUGAUCCAGCCAAUCGUUGCCUGCUUCAGCGAGAGCGAGUCGCGCGUGCGUUACCAAGCAGCCGAGGCACUCUUCAACGUGGUGAAAGUGGCCCGAGGUGCUGCACUGCCACACUUCCCUCUUUUAUUCGACGCACUGGCGAAAUUGGCUGCUGAUCCAGAGCCACAAGUUAAACAGGGGGCUGAACUACUGGACCGACUUGUCAAGGAGAUAGUGACGGAAAGCCCCGACUUCUCCGUGUCAGCGUUCGUGCCGAUGCUCCGCGAGCGCAUGUACUCGCGCCACGCCGCCGCGCGACAGUUCUGCGUCUCUUGGCUCAGUGUGUUGGACUCCGUACCAGCGCUACCGCUGCGGCAGCAUCUUCCACAGCUGCUCGACCCGCUGCUCGUGAUGCUGGGCGAUGUGCACGCAGAGAUCCGCCGCAUGUGCGACAUCCAGCUGGGCGAGUUUCUGCGCAGCAUCAAGAAGGAGCCGGCGCGCGUGGAGUUCGCCGCCAUGAUCAACAUACUGAUCACGCAUGCGCAGUCACCGGACGAGCUCGUGCAGUUGACAGCUAUAACUUGGAUCAAAGAGUUCGUGGAGUUGUCCGGAGCCGCCAUGCUGCCGUCCUUGUCCGGCGUGCUGGCCGCCGCGCUGCCCUGUCUCGCUUACUCCGACGAGCCGAGGAGGAGCAUCAGAGAAACCGCCACAAUAGUCAACAUGCAGCUAACCAAGCUGGUGGAAGCGGAGUCCCCUUCACCGUCCCCGGGAGUCCCGGGAGCCCCGGGAGUCCCGGGACCGGAGGGCGAGGAGGAAGACAAGGGCCGCAUCAACCUGGACGCGGUGGUCGGGAUAUUGAUACAGAUGGUGCACCACAGCUCGGUGCACACGAAGGUGGCUGCGCUAGAGUGGUUCUUGCAUCUUUACAAUAAGAUGCCUAAUCAAAUGUCCGCACAAUCGGGCCAAGUGUUCGCGAGUGCAGUUGGAAGUUUGACAGAUGCGGCGGACGAGGUGGUGCGCCGCAGUCUUGCCGUCACCGCAGAGAUCUGCACCUGCACUGCUGAAGGUCCUCGCGAUUUAGAAUCCAGUCCCUAUUAUUACAAGUUCCUACAAGCUUUACUGAGGCUGCUAGCUGCUGAUGAAAAUUUACUUGAAGACCGGGGAGCGUUUAUAAUUAGGCAACUGUGUGUUCUCCUAAACGCAGAGGACAUUUACAAGGCGCUAUCGAAGAUCCUCGUAGAGGAACCGAACCUGAAGUUCGCGGCGACCGUAGUGGACGUACUCAGCAUUAUCCUGCUCACGGCGGCCGAGCUGCAGGACUUGAGGCUGCAGCUGCGCAACUUUACUGCGCCGGCGACGCAGCAGCUGUUCGCGGGGCUGUACCGCUGCUGGUGCCACUCACCGGUAUCGCUGCUCGCACUGUGUCUACUUACCCACAAUUACGCGCACUGCAAUGCGCUCAUAUCCACUUUUGGCGAACUGGAAAUCACCGUGGAAUUCUUAACAGAGUUAGACAAGCUUGUGCAACUCAUAGAGUCACCUAUAUUCGCUUACAUGCGCCUAGAGCUGCUAAGCGGAUCCCAAAGUGCGGAGCUUCGCGGUGCGCUGUACGGUCUUCUGAUGUUGUUGCCGCAGAGCGAGGCCUUCCACACGUUGCGCCGGCGGUUGCAAUGUGCCCCUCCUCCUGACAGACCAGCACUAACAAUAGCUCCGGCGGGGGCAGCGGCGCCCGGCAUCGACUUUGACGCACUUCUGAAGGAGUUCCGGCGCGUGCAGGCCGCGCACCGCGCCGACCGCCUCGUGGAGCGCCCGCGGCGGGUCCCCGCUUAUUCAUAGCGGGAAAUUAAUUCACAGAUAUAAUUAGAUAAACAGGAUACAAGUAUCAGACAGAUAGAAACAUAACUCGCCUUUUGUGGCUAGGUUUUUAAGUAACAUUAGUUUUAUAACCAGUUGUCGCACAAGGCUAGUUGUGUUUAUACCCCGAAUACAUUUCCCGAUUAUCGCAAAAGACACAACAGUUACGCUAUUGACUAUACAACGUAUAUCGUUCAUUUAAAUUAACGCAUUCAGUGCAUUUUGAUAUAAAAUGUUUUAGAAUCAUGGGCGCUUCAAAACGUUCCCUUACGUUACGCGGUUAAGUAGUUUAUAUCUGGGAGACCUAGCUUUGCUCGGAAAAAAUAAGAAAAAUACAAAAAUGCGCGUUUUCCCAGAAAUAAGACCUAGUUAGUCGAUUUUUCGCCCCCGGAUAGCAAAAAAAAUCGAAAUCGUUAGAGCCGUUUCCGAGAUCCCCGAAAUAUAUAUUAUACAUAUAUACAAGAAUUGCUCGAUUAAAGGUAUAAGAUAAUUGACAGAUCAGUUGUUUACUGAAUCAUGCUAAAUAAAAAGUAAGUAGAUGAGAUAAAAAUACGACAAGACUAUCAAGUUUUCUUUUCGUAAAUUGAAAAUAUGAAUAGCGUGUGUUGUUAGACGGUCACGCCGACUCCAUUCUGUUUCCGGCGUUUCGGACAAAAUUUAUUUUUAGGCUAAUAGAAGUCAUUAAAAAGCUACAGCGAUGCUUUUACGAUGUAAAAAAUGCUAGAUCGUUCGGAUUAAUUCUUAUGAUAACAUAGUCACUAGUAUUUUGACCUUUCACAAUCAAUACUAAAUUAUUACCUGAAAAUUCGUAAACCUUACUGCAACAACAUAAGGUACACCGAUGGUCUGCUAAAGGUGUUGCUUUUAGUAUUAGUAAAGAUUUGGUUUUAGGUAAGACUACACAAUAUUAUGUUGCCUUUCUACUAAAGCAGCUGUUCCUAACCUGGGGGUAAUUACCCCCGUGGGGGUAAAACUGGCAUUUUACGGGGGUACCUAUCUAUAAGAAAUAAUAUUAAUGAUUAUGGAGGAGGGGUAAAAUCGAGUUCCCUAGUUAGUCAAAGGGGUCACAGUACUAAAAAGGUUAGGAACCACUGUACUAAAGGGUCAAACCGAAAUUUUUGUCACAUUAUUUUAGUGUACUGUUCGAAUUGAGCAUAUUUAAAUUAUUUAAUUAUUAUUGAACCAAUGACUGGCAUUAUACAAUAAGAACAAAACCGUUAUUUAUCGAUUUAUCUCAGCGGAAAUCGAUGAUCUAUUUAUUUUCAUGAUUUUGUGAUGAUAAAGUGAUUAUGAAAUGAAUUCGUACUUUUUGUAUGUUUCAAUGACAUGGGUUUUGACCUCUUCAGUUUCUGUUUUUAGUUAGGUACCUGGGGUGCUUUUUGUUUUAAAUUGCAUAAUGUACUAAAAAUAAGUAUGGUUGACAUACACUAACACAAAGACACACGAAAGAGUUAUGAAUUGUUUAUGGAAGAGGACAAUUUCCUGUCGGAGUAUGUUUUAUAAUUAUAAGCAAAGCGUAAUGAAGCCAAUGGCUGAAUGAACCUAAGCUUAGGUUACUCGAUAAAUUAUUCUAUUACUGUUAUCUAAAACAAAAAUAUAUUAUGUGUACAUCCACAA